AUGACAAGUUCUUGUGGUGGCAUUUUUAAAGAUGACAAAUCCGGUCAUUUGGGAAGCUUUUAUGCCUAUAUUCAUGAAGGAAAUUUUGUUGUUGCUGAGCUUCUAGCGGCUAUCAUGGCUAUAGAAUUGGCAAUGGAAAGAGGUUGGAUCAAACUUUGGAUCGAAACUGACUGCAUUUUGGUGGUUAAGGCGUUUUCAAAUACGAAUAUCGUCCCUUGGUACAUCAAGUCUCGUUGGCGCUAUUGUUGUGCUUUUACUCUUCAAAUUGAUUUCUUAAUUUCACACACUUUUCGGGAGGCCAAUUUUUGUGCUGACUUAUUGGCUAACAUAUGGUACAAAACCAAGACUUUCAAUUGGUUUGAUAAUAUACAUCAUGAUCUACCCAAGGACUUUUUGCUUGACAAACAAGGCAUUCCUAGACUUAGGCUUUGUAAUUAA